GAGAUCUCAAAACAUUGAGACAUUCUUUAUUGUCAAGAAAAAAAAAGAUCAGCUGCUGGAGACAGUGGGGCUACAGCAUCCUCUUCAGGACAGCAUUCAGCAGAGAUUCUCAUCAGUGAGGGUGACAGCCAUUCAGAUGAGGAUCCACAAGCGUCUAUAUGUGAAAGUGGCAGCGACACAGACGAGGCUCCACAUUCUCCGCUCCCCACAUCGUCCCAGUCAUCAGAUAUAUCACGGUGCCCAGCCGAUGGACCAACACGGCCAUACCUGAGGAUGUAUCCCAGGACAGUGCAGGCAGGGAGGAAGAGAUCCUUUAACAGCUCAUGGUACCAACAUUUCCCAUGGUUGGAAUAUUCAACAAGUCAGGACUCUGCCUAUUGUUUUGCAUGUAGACACUUUAGCUUGCCCAAUAUUCCCGAAACACCUUUUGCUGCCAAAGGAGGCUACUCGAAUUGGAAAAAAGCCAUGUAUAAAGAUGGGGGGUUUAAAAUGCAUGAGCAGUCAGAAGGGCAUGUUAAUGCCAUGUUUGCAUGGAGUGAAUUCAAGAAUAAUAUAAUUAAAGACUCCUCUAUACGAGAGGCUUUGGACAAAGCCUACAAAAAAAAAAAUUGAAGAAAACAGGAUGUACAUAAAGACAGUAGCAGAAGUGCUUCGGUUUACAGCCAUGCAGAAUGUUGCUCAAAGGGGACAUGUUGAAAGUGAUAGUUCACAAAACAAAGGAAACUUUGUAGAAAUGAUGGAAUUGAUUUCGAAACACAGUGCUCUGGUUGAAAAGAAAAUGAAUGGUGCAAGAAAUGCCAAGUAUAUCAGUAACACCAUUCAAAAUGAAGUUUUGGAAUGUCUGUCAGAUAUGGUCCGUGAACAAAUAAUUAAGGAAGUUAAGGAAAGCAAUUAUUUUUCUGUUAUUGCAGAUGAAACAAAAGAUCUUAAAAAAAAGGAGCAGCUGUCAUUAGUACUAAGGUACUAUUACAAUGGUGCAGUUCACGAGAGCUUUUUAGAUUUCCAAAGAGCCAGUGAAUUAGAUGCAGCAGGACUCAGUCAUAAGAUAGUACAGUGUCUGGAGAAGUAUGGCCUUGACUAUAAGCCACAUCUUGUAGGUCAAGGUUAUGAUGGUGCAGCAGUGAUGUCAGGAAAGUGCAGUGGGGUUGCAGCCAGGAUCAAAGCAGAGGCAAAAUAUGCUUUUACAUUCAUUGCAAUGCACACUGUCUCAACAUUGUAAUUGUUGACUCAGUGAAGGCUGUGCCUGAAGUUGACUGUUUUUUUUCUUUGCUGCAAAAAUUGUAUGUGUAUAUGUCAGGCUCAUACGUUCAUGAAAGGUGGCUGUCAGUUCAGAAGGACAUGUAUAAAGAGGCACCCAGAGAACUACAGAGAUUGAGUGAUACACGAUGGGCAUGCAGGUAUUCUGCCUGCAAAAACCUUUUGGACAGACUGCCAGCCGCCUUGCGUGUACUUCAUGAGAUGGCUGAAGAGAGCAGUGGUGAAAGAUCUGUGGAAGCAAGAGGUCUGCUUACCCAGAUAGACUUGACAUUUAAUGGAACACUGGUAGUGAUGAAAAAGAUUCUUGGUGAUGCUAAGUGUCUCUCCGAUAUGCUGCAAGCGCCAUCCCUUGAUCUCGCUAGGGCUGUGGACCUAAUAAAUGCGCUGCAGGACACCCUACAGGGCUGCAGAGCUGGAUCUUGUUUUGAUGAGCUAUGGCAUCAGACCAUCGACACAGCAAAGCAUUGUAAUAUAGCAGUUGAAGCUGUUGAAAAAAGAUCGAAACGUGGGAGCUCCAGGCUUAGUGAGUAUCUUGUAAUGUCUACUGUAGGUCAUCGUAGGCCCAAGGAUGGGGACAAAGAGAAGUUCAGGACGGCUGUAUUUUACCCAGUCUUUGACAAUAUGAACGCAGAACUUACAAGGCGAUUCAGUGAAAACAACUGUGAUAUAAUGAAGGGUAUACAAGCUCUUAACCCUAAGGGGAAAAGCUUUCUAGAGGAAGCAACAGUUUUACGUUUUGGCUGUCUGUAUGACUGUGAUGUUGAUGACCUAAAACAUGAGCUGUAUCAGGCAAAGAAGGUUGUUCAAAGAAAAGCACAGUGUGGGACUGAAAUGACCAAUAUUUUGGAUUUUACAACUUUCAUUGAACCAUACAAAGAGGUGUUUCAUCAACUUUUUUGCUUGUGCCGAAUAGCUCUGGCCUUGCCAGUGAGCAGUGCUAGUUGUGAGCGCAGCUUCUCAGCACUAAAGCUUAUUAAAAAUCAUUUGCGAACAACAAUGACUGAUGACAGGCUUAGUAACCUUGGAGUGCUCAGCAUUGAGAGGGGAAGGGCAAGGUUGCUGAACCUAGAUGACUUUGUUGAACGCUUUGCUCACAGUCAUGGAAACAGGCGUAUACAUCUAAAAUAAAUCCACAUUAGUGUGAAAUGAUUCCCCUCCUUUAUUUAUUAUUAUUACUUUUUUGCUCUGGGGCAAUAGCACUUUAUUAUUAUUAUUAUUUUUUUUUUGUAAAAUUGUGCUAAAAUGUGUCAAACAAAAAGAAGGAAGUUGUGCAGACUGUGAAAUUUAAUUUAUAUUCUAUUUUGUAGACUACAAAUUGCUUUAUUUAUUUGAGUUUUGAUACUUGAUUAAAAGUUCUUUAUUUAAGUAUCCUCUGUUUACAUUUUUUGCACUUUAUACUUGAAAGAAGCUUUUAGUAAGUUGGUCAUUACUUCUGUUUGUGCAAUUCAUUUGUUUCAAAAUAUGUACAAUAUCUGACUCUAUAUACUUUAUUUGUUGUUUGAUGUUGUGAUAUUUGACUUUCACUUUAUACAACAGUUGUGUACUGUUGUACUGGUUGUGACUGUACAGUACAUUGUGAGACUGUGAAAUUGUUUAAUUUAUAUUCUAUUUUGUUUACUACAGUUUGCUUUAUUUGACUUUUGUGAGUUUUGAUCCUUGAUUAAAAGCUUAAAAAAUAAAAGUUCUUCCUUAACUUUUCUUUUCCUCUUUUAGAAAAAGGUUUUGCACCAUCUACUGUAAGUACUGACAAUCAUUUGGGGUGAGAAGUAUGCAGUGUAACAAAAUCUGAUUAAUAUACAAAAUAUGGACGUAUGGGUUGGAUUGCAUGUAUGGGUUUCCCAGUACACUGUGAUGAAAUGGUGGGCCAAAAAUAUGGGCCCCUUGGCAUUAUUUUGCUAAGGGCCCCCAAAUGGCCUGGGCGGCCCUGAUGAAGUCAUUACUUGUAAUCUAGUUUACUGGUUAUUAUCGUCAUCACCUAAAAUCAGAAGCUGUCAUUGGAAACUUUAAACCAUUUUAUGUCAAUACAAUAGGGGUGUAAAAGUACAUGUAUAUUUACCAAACCGCUCGCAAUCGAAUGUUAGGUUCAAUACAGUGCUGUAUUGAACGCUGGCCUGCAGUCAGUUUACGUAGGCCAUGAUUGCAUGCUGCCACUACAUUUGCAGUAAUAUUCAAGAGGGUAUUCAUUCAUGAUUGGGGUGAUUAGGUAAGGAUUUUAAUCAUUCAUGAGGAAGCAAAUCCUUGAUUUGUGCUACUGUG